CCGCGCCGCCCGAUUCCGGAUCAAAAUGGCGGCGGCGGCGGCCAGAGCGAGCGGGAGCCGGCGCUGAGUGGGGCGCGCCGAGCCGAGCCGAGCCGGGCAUGGAGGCCGCGGGUGGCGGCCGCCGCAGAAAUGGAGGAACAGAGUGCUGGAUCUGAGGCUGACGGUUUAUAAAGGAUUAUGGGAUUAUACACUAAAGAGACAGCAGGUGGAAUGCCUGAAUGACUGAAGAAAAUGGGUGCUAAUGCAUCUAACUACCCUCAUUCGUGUUCCCCAAGGGUAGGGGGAAACUCACAGGCACAACAGACAUUCAUAGGAACGUCAUCCUACUCUCAUCAAGGCUAUGGUUGUGAAUCAAAACUCUAUAGCCUUGACCAUGGCCAAGAGAAACCUCAAGACAAGAAAAAGAAAACCUCCGGUCUUGCCACCCUCAAAAAGAAAUUUAUUAAGCGAAGGAAAUCUAGCCGAUCUGCAGAUCAUGCCAAACAGAUGCGAGAGCUCCUCGCGGGCUGGGAUGUCAGAGAUGUCAAUGCAUUAGUAGAAGAAUAUGAGGGAACCUCAGCCUUAAAGGAACUUUAUCUACAAGCCAAUUUGGCAAGACCAGAAACCAGGACGCUACAGAAAGACAUGGCUGAUCUGUAUCAGUACAAGUACUGUACUGAUGUGGACUUAAUAUUUCAAGAAACUUGCUUCCCUGUGCAUCGUGCGAUAUUAGCAGCAAGGUGUCCAUUUUUUAAGACGCUGCUUUCUUCCUCACCAGAGUAUGGUGCAGAGAUAAUAAUGGACAUUAACACAGCUGGCAUAGACAUGCCUAUGUUUUCUGCUUUGUUACACUACCUUUAUACAGGAGAGUUUGGGAUGGAGGAUUCAAGAUUCCAAAAUGUUGAUAUCCUUGUGCAGCUUAGUGAAGAAUUUGGAACACCAAAUUCCUUGGAUGUUGAUAUGCGUGGGCUGUUUGAUUACAUGUGUUAUUAUGAUGUGGUUCUUAGCUUCUCGUCCAACUCUGAAUUGGUUGAAACUUUUGGUGGAAGUCCAAACUGCAUAGAUGAAGAGCUCAGAGCUCACAAAGCUAUUAUUUCAUCACGGUCCCCAUUUUUCCGACACCUACUGCAGAGGAGGAUACGAACUGGUGAAGAAAUUACUGAUCGAACUCUACGGACUCCAACUAGAAUUAUACUGGAUGAAUCUAUCAUACCAAAAAAAUAUGCUAAGGUCAUUUUAAACUGUAUGUAUACAGAUGUGGUGGACCUUUCGGUUUUGCACUCCAGUCCCUCAGUGGGGAGUCUAAGUGAAGUUCAGGCUCUUGUAGCAGGAAAACUAAACAUGACUAGGGCUGAAGAAGCUAUGGAGCUUUACCACAUAGCGCUGUUCUUGGAGUUUAACAUGCUUGCUCAAGGCUGUGAGGAUAUUAUUGCUGAAAGCAUCUCACUAGACACCUUAAUUGCCAUUCUCAAGUGGAGUUCACAGCCAUAUGGUUCCAAGUGGGUGCACCGUCAAGCACUGCAUUUCCUCUGUGAGGAGUUUACCCAGGUUAUGACUUCAGAUGUUUUCUACGAGCUGAGCAAGGACCAUCUGCUGACUGCUAUCCAAUCUGACUACUUACAGGCAAGUGAACAAGAUAUCCUUAAAUACCUUAUUAAAUGGGGAGAACAUCAGUUGAUGAAGAGAAUAGCAGACAGAGAGCCCAAUUUACUGAGUGGUACUGCCCACAGCGUGAACAAACGGGGUGUAAAGAGGAGAGAUCUUGACAUUGAGGAGCUGAGAGAGAUCCUGUCUCCCCUUUUACCUUUUGUCCGCAUUGAGCACAUCUUACCCAUGAAUAGUGAAGUACUCAGUGAUGCUAUGAAGAGAGGUCUCAUUAGCACCCCUCCUUCAGACAUGCUGCCAACAGCAGAAGGUGGCAAGUCAAAUGCUUGGUUACGACAGAAGAAUGCUGGAAUAUAUGUGAAGCCAAGACUGUUUUCACCAUAUGUGGAGGAGGCAAAGUCAGUGCUAGAUGAGAUGAUGGUGGAACAAACAGACUUAGUUCGCUUGCGAAUGGUCAGAAUGUCCAAUGUACCUGACACCCUCUACAUGGUGAACAAUGCAGUGCCACAGUGCUGUCAUAUGAUUAGCCACCAGCAAAUCAGCAGUAAUCAGUCCAGUCCUCCUUCAGUUAUAGCUAAUGAAACCCCAGUCCCCAGCCUACUUGUUGUUAAAGAGAUGAUCAAACGGCUCCAGGAGCUCCGUCAUACUGAGCAGGUGCAGAGGGCAUAUGCACUCAAUUGUGGAGAAGGUGCCACAGUCAGUUAUGAGAUUCAGAUUCGUGUCCUGCGAGAGUUCGGACUUCCGGAUUCCGCUGCUGAACUUCUGCAGAAUCCUCACAAGUUCUUUCCUGAUGAGCGGUUUGGGGACGAAAGCCCACUUUUGACAGUGAGACAGUCUGGACGAUGUCGAGUCAACAGCACUCCCACUGCAGAAACAGUGUUUACAGAAAUAGACUCUUUUGUGGCCUUCCAUCCACCAUUGCCCCCUCCUCCACCUCCCUACCAUCCACCAGCUACACCUAUUCACAACCAGUUCAAAGUGGGCUGGAAACAAAGGGUGCCGAGUCAACAUCCUUCACGUUCAUUUUCUUAUCCAUGUAACCAUUCACUCUUCCACUCCAGGACAGCUUCCAAAGCUGCUCCACCUGUCUACUUACCUGGUGUCAAAGCAGCACCACCUGAUUGCACUAACACUACGGGAUUGGGGAGGCAAACGGUAGCUGCAGCAGCAGCAGUAAUGGCAGCAGAAAAGCAAGCAUGCACUCAGCCCAUGUUAAAUGAACUGAUGCCCGAUAUUGCUAUGGGUGUGUCAACAAUGUCUCUGAAGGACAGAAGGCUGCCAGAACUUGCUGUUGACACAGAGCUAAGCCAGAGCGUUUCAGAGGUAGGACCAGGUCCAGGUCCAGCACCGCACAUUUCCUGUAUUCAGACCAGGCACAUGCACAGUUCUCGAAAGAAACAUGCAAUAGAGCAAAAAAUAGAUGCUCGAGAAAAUCAACAGGAGUAUCCAGACUUUUAUGAUUUCUCUAAUGCUGCAUGCAGACCUUCCACUCCAGCACCUAGCAGACACACUCCUUCGCCUUCACAAGGCAUGUAUUUUGGUCCAGAUUUGUAUAGCCACAGCAAGGCAUCACCAAGUGGCUUAAAGUCAGCCUACCUACCCUCCCAGAUAUCUCCAAAAAAACAAGAGGAUUCCAGGAGAGAAUAUGUGCUCUCCCAAGAUGGGCAUCAACACAGACAAAAGAAUGAGCCAAUACACCUCGAUGUCUUAGAGCAACCUCCCCAGCGAUUGGACUUGGCAUUGGCUGCCCAGGAAAAUGCUGGUAAUGGCCCAGUUCACAUCAGGGGAAGAACAAAAAUGGAAACUGACUUAACAUAUGGGCUAACCUCUAACAGACCUUCACUCUCUGCAUACACCUCUGAGAUGCAAGAAGAGCGAGCUGGUAGGAGACUGGCAGAUGAUGAGCCUCUGGAACAUGGAGCACAGAGAAAUACUGAUUUGGAAAGGGAAGAGGCAGUAAGCAGAGGAAGGAGGUCUCCAAGCAAACCAGACUUCCUGUACAAAAAAUCUGCCCUCUGAGAGCAACCUCCACUAUUUCUCUGUGCCUAAGAGUUGUAAACCACCCCAUUCUUCCCAACUUUUGGCUGGAUUUUUUUUCAGCCAAAUUCAUGAAUGCUAGCACAUAAUUGAUUUUUGUUUUUCUUUUAAUACGGUCUUUGCUUUAUUAGAGAGAGCAUGCUAUCAUUUUAUUUUGGAUGCUGCUUCUGGGUUUAUUUUGUGAUUUGAGCAAAUUUUUAAUUAAGCCUCCUUUAAAAAACAAAAAAACUAGCUGGCACUUUUUUUUUUUUUUACAGUUGGGUAGCCUUUUGCACCUGUAUAUUUUAUUUUAUUCGUAUUAGUUUUGUACUAAUACGUUAAACUUCAUUGUUACAUUUAAAGGACUGUAUUUUCAUACUUUUGCAUUUUACCUUUCACCUACCAGUUCCCCAUGUGCAUUUGGUUGCACACUAUGAAAUGUAUUUUCUUAUGAGAUAGUACCAAUGUGUUUAUUUUUGAAUUAUAGGAAUUCCAAAGAACAGCACAUCAAAAUACUACAUUUUAAGUAAGAUUGUUUUAGGUCUGAAAUCUUCCUGGUCUGUCACUACUACAAAAAUCCAGUCUCGUACUGUUCUGUUGAACAACUUAGCUGGUGUGUUUACUCCUCCUGAGAUGCAAAGUCCUCUCAAACACUUAUCGUUGCGAUAUUCAAAAGAGCCUAAGGAAACAGUUGGGUGUUGACUGCUUACUUUCCAAGGGCUCCUUUUGAAAAUCUUGGCUCACGGAUUCUGGUUCAGUUGUGAAUGUGGAGAACUUCUUGGUCACUGAGAAGCAGUUAAGUAGACUAGAAUUACUGAUUUGCUCAUAGAGGAAGACGACCUAGAAAUACUUCAAAUUGAUAGCAGUAUUGAGUUCUGCUCAUCCGAAUACCCUUGUGCUUGAGUGUGUGAAGAUCAGAAUUCAGGAUUCGUUCCAAAUCCUAAAGCUUCAGGAAGAACAGGCUUAGCAUAUGAUGUUGUCUAAACUGUUAACUUGUUCAACUGAGAGGGCUGUCUCCCUUGUAGAGAUGCUGAGAGGACUGUUCAUUGCCUUGCUUUGUCCCCGCCUGUGGUAAAAACAAAGGGCUUCACUUUUAGUGACGUCAUUUAGUGUUUCUUAACACGUUUUAAGUGUCUCAAAUUGCAUAAUGUAAAUCAUUCUGUUCUUGUGAACAAAAUCACGGAGUGGAGAAGUAACUACUUUAUCUUUAUUUAUAGCUUUAGCAUUUUUAAAAUACACUUCUAUCAUCACUUUUUUUUAAGCACAUGGUGAUGAGACUGACUAAUAUGAACACAGAGAAAAGGAUAGUGAUUGUGUUCUUUGUCUUUGUGCUGGGGUUAAACAUUUAUAAGGAUAUAUAGUGAUAGUCAUUCAAAAGUAAAUGCUUGUCAAUAGUUAUGAUACCAUUAUUUGCUAUUCUGGGUGUAGCAAAAGCUGUGGUACCUGAUACCACAGUGUAUCUGCUAAUAAACACCAGAUUUUUUUUUUUUUAAAGAACCACCUUCCCAGGGAAGUGGUCCUCGCCCCUACCUUGGGCAAAUUCAAGAGGAGGUUGGACGAUCACCUGUCUGGGGUCUUGUGAACCCAGCAUUCAUUCCUGCCUGUGGCAGGGGGUCAGGCUAGAUGAUCUGUUCAGGUCCCUCCUGACCCUAGCUACUAUGAAACUACUAUAAGAAUGAUUUCUAUAAUGAAAAAUCUUCCAGCAGUUGAGGAGCUCAGUCCUAAGUGUGAGCUAAAGACUAUUUUGAUCUUAAUACUGAUUUGUUUUAUUUGAGUUAAAGAUGCUUAAUACUAUUUAAAUAUAAUCUUGUUACAAUAUACUUUUUGUUUCAAUUAAGACAGUCAUUUCUACUACUAGUCAUCUCCUCUGCUCAAAAGCUCAAGGUUUCAUUAAAGUACACAACGCCUGUGAGCUAUAGCACCAUAUUGUUUAAACGUACUUGUAAGGCAUUUCCGACCUAUAAAGGUAGCAUCUGGGUAAGCUAGAUUCAUGAGGUUUGUGAUGCAAAAAAGCAUGAUGGUCUCCUGCACAGUAUGAAAACUUUGGAAAGGUUCAUUUAAGGUACAGCUGUGUUGGACUGUUAUAAUGAAAUGCAAUGGUGAAUGUCUGAAUCGCACAGAUUUGUUUUGGUUUUGGAGGCUUGGUUUUGUUUUAUUUUUGUUCUGUUUUUUAAGUUGGCUUGGGCCCCAAGCAUGUUGGCUCCAACCUCAUCACUAAUAUGUUGCUUUCACAGAAUUACAAGUGUCGAACAAUUGUCUUUAUAACCUCAAAGAAGAUGGGACUGUUUAGUACUGGUGUUUCAGGUUGGGGACUGAGGUUCAUUGGUUUUGCUCUAUGAAGAAUCUAGCACAGCACUAGUCUGAGCUGUGUCUGUUGGUCCCACAAUCUCAUAACUGCUAAAAUCCCAAUACAGUCAUCUCAUUACUAAAAGUAAAUGAUUGUGCUUGUAUCAGUUUAUAUUCAAAGGUCAAUAACCAAUCACCAUAUACAUCUUGGCUUUCAACAGAAUAUUUAACAUUCUGUAUAACUUUUACCUAAAACUCAGUAGACUUGCUUUCAGGGAAAACUGCUUUAGCAACUAAUAGUGUUGUUUGGAUGUGGCACUGUGUGCCUAAGUGGUAAAUUGUGGCUAAAACCUAGGAAUAGCAGCACCUUUCAGAAGCUUUCACAGUGGAACCGUGGAGGUGUGGCUGGUAAAGAAAACAGAAGUUUCAGGAGGUAUGUAGUUUGAAGGCAUCCGUGAAAUGUUUUUUGGGUUUUUUUGGUAGUGGAGUAAGUCAGUGGAGAAAACUUUAUGGCAUUGCUGUCUGCUUUCUAAUGCAUUCAGUUGUCAUUUGCUGAGGUCUCCAAUGGGCAAUCCAUGGUGUUGAGCAGUAUUCCCAGGAAGAGAUCAUGUAAAAUUCCAGAUAGUCUGACUGGCUGAUGAGCUGGUGGCACAGGAUUUUAGUCAUUUGUUCUCCUGUCCUACCUGCACUUUGCAUUUUCAUUUUGUCCUACAUUUUAAAAGUACAUUGCUACCUUCCCCUCUACCACACUCCUCAUCAGUUUAGGCACCUCAUUAGUGGGUGACUUUUGUGGCACUCCCAGGUAACAGUGCAGUCUUUUGCAGAUGCACGUAAGGAGGAUUGUCAUGUCAAGCAAGGAAGGUCCACUAAAGACAAGAUGCUGGCAUUAACCUUUUGUGAUAGUGACGUUUUUUGCCCCAAAACUUAGGCAAUAUUAGACUGCACUGGCUUGCAUGAGCACACCCAUUCAGAUGAACUGAACUGCACCCAUUUACUCCGAUUUGCUGAAUUGGGGGGCCAACAUCUAUAUAGGUGAACAUGAUACAAAACAUGAUGGAAAGAACAACUUAAUGAAAGCUAAUGUUCACUCCUUCCCUCCCCAACCCCCCCCCCCCCAAGCAGCAAAUUUGCAGUGAUUUCAUACACAAGACACAAGUUGCCAUGCCCUCUGCUAGAUCACCCUUCAUCCACUAAUAUUUUUAGUUUAUCUAUAGCAGAUAACCCUUAUUUAAAUGAACCACUUUCAGAUUAGAGGGGAAAUUCUAAGAUCUCCUGUCCUUCUAAAUAGUCUGAAUUGGAUAACUGCUUGCUUAGCAGUUUAGCAUUCUGUUGGAAGCUAAAAUCAUCUGUUGAUGCUUGUUUUACAAAAAGGAUGCCUGUUUUGUAACUUAAGUGUUAAUUUCAUACAAAAGAGCAGUAUAAAAUGUAUACAAAAGCAACACACAGGUUUUGGGGUUCCCCCCGUUUAUGUCGCAGUAGUUGUAUAUUAUCUGUCUUGUGAGUUUGUGUUGGGGUUGGGUCGUUUUUAGUUUAUUUUCUUCAUCAAUGUUAAAAGACUGAAAAUUAAAAGGCUCUGGCCCUUCCCAUUGCAAGCCUUAGUUUUGGUCUUUGAAUGUCUCAACUGCUUAUGUUUUUUAGUUGUUUCUUUUGAAAGAAUAGAUGUGCUGUAGAAGCACCAGUAUUUCUGCUAUUUUGAACGCCCCUCUAUUUCUAUGGUGGAGGUGAUGCUGAGCUCUGUUGAAGGCAGGGAGCAGUUAAAAGAUAACAGUUGGACUUGCAGUUUCUGUAAUUAUCUGUACUUCCGGAAGGUGGUGUUGCCUUCUGCAAUGUUACAUUUUGUUUCUUGUCCUUGUGCUGUUACUGGUAUAAAGUCAAGUGCCUUCAAUGCUAAAGGCUCAGAAAAUUUUCUUAAACUGACUUCAUGUCCUAUGCAAGUGUUUUUUCUACAACCUGCAUAACCAGUACUUUGUAAAACUUGUUUACGCUUCAAUUGUACAUAGUGUUUUUUAAAAUAUAGUAUUUUUAUUUAGGUACCUCCAAACUUGAAUUCUAGUCUUGUGUGACGCAUUGUAAAACAAUACAUUUCUCUUUUGAGUACCAUUACAGUUGUAAAAAGGUUUUCACUGGUUCUAUUUUUCUACUGUUGCUGAGAAGCAUGUAACACUGACUUUAUCCUACAUAUAGUUGGCAUUUCAAAUAAAUGGCUUAUAUAGAA